AUCGUACAUGCUUCAAUGAAUUUGGCCUAAAUAUCAAAAGGGAAUCAAUAUUACUCUCUCUCCGUCACUUAAUAUAAGAAAAAAUUCAAUUUUUAGAUACAUUGAUAAAUUGAUGUAUCUAGACUAUAUUUUAGACUAGAUACAUUAAUUUUUUAGUGUAUUUAAAAAGUGAAUUUUUUCUUAUAUUAAGAACCGGAAGGAGUAUUAAUUAUUAUUAUUAUUCCGAAAUGUAAUGUACAACUCCUAUCUAUAAAAAUAGUAGCCAAUUUAUGCAUCAUCACAUAAACACAAAGUUCAACUUUCAAAGUCUCAUAUCAUAGUGAAGUGAUCAUGGCAAACACACCUAGUAUUCCAUCUCAUACGAAAGCUUGGGUUUAUUCUCAAUAUGGUAACAUUGAAGAAAAUCUAAAGUUUGAUACUAAUGUACCUACACCACACCCUAAGGAAGAUCAAGUUCUCAUCAAGGUUGUGGCUGCUGCUCUUAAUCCUGUCGAUAUUAAGAGGGCUAUCGGCUAUUUCAAGGACAUCGACUCUCCUUUGCCGACUGUACCAGGAUAUGAUGUUGCUGGAGUGGUGGUUAGUGUGGGAAAUCAAGUGAAGAAAUUUAAGGUCGGAGAUGAAGUUUAUGGUGAUAUCAAUGAGAUCACUUUAGACCAUCCAAAAACUGUUGGUUCUUUGGCUGAGUAUACUGUUGCUGAAGAGAAAGUACUUGCUCACAAACCAUCUAAUUUGAGCUUUGUUGAAGCUGCUAGUCUCCCUUUAGCAAUAAUUACCGCUUAUCAAGGACUUGAAAGAAUUGAGUUUUCUUCUGGUAAAUCUAUACUUGUUCUUGGAGGUGCUGGCGGAGUUGGAUCUCUUGUUAUUCAGCUAGCCAAGCAUGUUUUUGAGGCAUCAAGAAUUGCAGCUACUGCCAGUACUACAAAACUUGAAUUUUUGAAGAAGUUGGGAGCAGAUUUGGCAAUUGAUUAUACUAAGGAGAAUUAUGAACAACUUUCAGAAAAAUUUGAUGUAGUGUAUGAUGCAGUAGGUGAUAGUGAGAGGGCAGUGAAGGCUGUUAAAGAAGGGGGGAAAGUUGUGACAAUACUGCCACCUGGAACACCGCCGGCUAUCGCUUUCUUACUGACUUCAGAUGGAGCUGUGUUAGAGAAAUUGAAACCUUACUUGCAGAGUGGAAAAGUGAAGCCAAUAUUGGACCCUAAGAGUCCCUUUCCAUUUUCUGAGACUGUGGAAGCAUAUUCAUAUCUUAAUACUAAUAGAGCUGUUGGGAAAAUAGUUAUACAUCCUAUUCCAUGAGAGCUUGAUUAAUCAAUUUCCAUGACUUUGGUUUUAUACUAUUUUGGCUACUUGAAUUGAAAGUUUGUUUGUGUGAUUAUGUAGUAAUAAAUCUUUUCAGAGAUAUGUUUGUUCCACAAGUUAUAAAUAAAACAUUGUAUUAUUAUAUAUUUUUA